UACUUAGCGAGUAGUUUAUACGUAAAGCUCGCGCCACACACGCGUAUCUAGUUGACAGCUGACAAGUGGCCAGUGCGCACGCGUGAAACGAGGAGUAUCAACAUGUCGCAGGACAACCUCACCGCUUUGCUGUUGAAGCCCAAGGAUUUACAGCUGGUUCAAACAAAGAUCCCUGAAAUAGCCGAUGAUGAGGUCCUUCUCCGCAUGGACUGUGUGGGCAUCUGCGGCUCCGACGUGCACUACUGGCAGACCGGCGCCUGCGGACACUUCGUCUUGAAGGAGCCCAUGGUCAUGGGGCACGAGGCGUCGGGGGUCGUGGCUAAGAUCGGUUCAAAAGUGAAGAACCUCAAGCCCGGCGACCGCGUGGCCAUCGAGCCGGGCGUCCCGUGCCGCGUGUGUGAGUUCUGCAAGACCGGCCGCUACCACCUGUGCCCCGACAUCGCGUUCUGCGCCACGCCGCCCUUCCACGGGAACUUAGUGCGAUAUUACAAACAUGCCGCUGACUUCUGUUACAAACUCCCCGACCACGUCUCCAUGGAAGAAGGCGCGCUCCUCGAACCUCUCUCCGUGGGCAUCCACGCGUGCCGGCGCGGCGGGGUGACGGCCGGCGCCAGCGUGCUAGUGCUGGGCGCCGGGCCCAUCGGCCUGGUGACGCUGUUAGCCGCCCGCGCUAUGGGCGCGAGUAAUAUACUUAUUACUGACAUCCUACAAUCCCGCCUGGACUUCGCCGCUAAGCUGGGAGCGAACCAUACUCUCCUGGUAACCCGAGACCUGUCUGAGGCGGACUUAGUGCGCAAAGUGCAUGAGCUGAUGGGCACUCAUCCAGACAUCAGUAUUGAUGCCAGCGGGGCGCAGGCUACCGUGCGGGGAGCGCUACUAGCCACCAAAUCCGGCGGAGUAGCGGUGCUAGUGGGCAUGGGCAGCCCCGAGCUGACGGUGCCUCUGGCCGGCGCCGUCGCAAGGGAGGUCGACAUACGAGGCAUCUUCCGAUAUGUUAAUGAGUACCCAAUAGCCCUGAGCAUGGUGUCCUCAGGCCUGAUCGACGUGAAGCCGCUAGUGACCCACCACUUCAGCAUGGAGGAGACACUUCAGGCCUACGAGACCGCCCGCCGCGGCGACGGCAUCAAGGUCAUGAUACACGUGCAGCCACGGGACGCUAAUAAUGUCAAGAAGUUUUAGGUUGGUUUGGUGUGUGUGUGAGGGGUUUAGAUUGGGAAUAAAUGUUGAUGUGGACUUGUGCAAUGGU